GAUCAAGUCACUUCAUCCAAGCAGCGCCUUCGUCUGCCUAGAAAAGAUUAUUCACAACAUUCAAGGCGUUUCUUUAAUCAAAAAAUGAAUUUAGUCAUUUUCACAGUAUUGUCUUCAAUGAUAGUGCAUAAUGUUAACGCUUGGGGAACAAGUGUCAAGUACGCAGUGAACUGCCCGGAACGAUGCAAUUUAGACCUGUGCGGUGGGACGCUGCGCUGCAGACGGACAGUGCUGGAUGACUGCGGUUGUUGCCAGGUCUGUGCGGCUGACCGAGGGGAGCAUUGCUACCGCACUGUGUCUGGGAUGCACGGAGUCAAGUGCGGACCAGGAUUAUUCUGCGAGUUCUACAAAGAUGAGGACGAUUAUGGAGAUGAAUAUGGCAUUUGCAAAGAUUGUAUGUAUGGAACAUAUGGGAUAGAGUGUCGUAAAACAUGCAAUUGCAAAGCUGGAGGCAUCUGUGACAGAGAGACAGGAGUGUGUCUCACUUUCAAAUUCUUCACAAAAAUGGCCAGCAAAUUGAAGACACAACAGACACAUGAAGGUGAUGAACUGGGUUCUGGAGAUGACAGCACCGGUUUGAAUCGCGAAAGAUCAUCUUCUCCAAAAUGGUUACCUCCUCGUUGAGAUUGACAAGCACUGUCCAGACUUAGUUUAAUCUGUGUAAAUGUAGCAUUGUAGUAAAUUAAAUAAUUGAAGAUAUUAUAUUUUAUUAUGUAUUAAUUGAAUGUUUGAACAUUUCUGUUUUGGUCUUUCUGUUUUGUGCCUCAUCAUGUCAAAAUUGUUAUUAAGAUAUCUCACAUUUUUCUUGAUUAUGAGCAAGCUAUAUUGCCAUGAGUUGGUGUUUGUGUUUGAUAAUUAAAACAAAUUGGUAAAAUCAAAACUGACAGCUAAGUGGAAGUUUGGUAUGCCUUGUAGUACAGCUGCAUCAUUGCAACCACUGUGUUUGAAUCUUUGGUGUAACAUACCAACAGUGACCAGGGGUCCUGCAGAAGGAAGUACAAAUGGUCUCAUUUUCAGCUUGUGAGAUAUGAUACCCCGCAUCUGAUUUCUUUCCCAGGUGCAGAAAAGUAACCACAGCUAUCUGUACUUUCAAUAUUGCUUGUUUGCCAGUUUGUUAUUGAGAAUCUAUUAUGUUAUGAAUCUGUGUCCCUAUGGAAUAAAAUGCGUAUGAUAUCACCUGCCAAUUGUUAAAC